CCUACGUAAGAUGGCCGACUGUGAAACGGCGCGCGCGGUGAAAUUUUGAACUGAAACGACAAGCGGCGUCGGUGGGGCGGCACUCACGCGGAUUCGACGUCGCCGUGAAGAGAGCUCCACGCCGGGCCAACAAACAACACCGGCUGACGAUUAUCCAGACCGGUGAGGGGGGACCCCCCUUCAGGCUGGAGACGAGAUGGAGGGAGCAAGGGGAGCCGUGGCUGCCCCCGGGCUUGGGUCUUGCAUGGCCCUCAACGACAACAAGGCCGGAAUGGAGGGGCUGGAUAAGGAGCGCAUUAACAAAGUCAUCCUUGACAUCUCCAAGGGGUCUCGUUUUUAUGAGAAUGAGCUGAAGAAGGAGCAGCAGGUGAACCAGAAGAUCGAGAAGAUGUUGCAGCAGAAGAGUCAGCUUACCGAUCAGCAGAUCCGACAAGCUGAGCUGCAGAUGGACAGUCUGGUGGAGCGUCUGGAAGAAUCCCGCGACCUCAGCCGCACCAUCGUGCACGUGGACAUGGACAUGUUCUAUGCCGCCGUGGAGAUGAGGGACUUCCCAGAGCUCAAGGACAAGCCCAUGGCCGUCGGCUCCAUGAGCAUGCUUUCAACGUCCAACUACCACGCCCGCAGGUUUGGCGUGCGUGCCGCCAUGCCCGGCUUCAUCGCCAAGAAGCUGUGUCCUGAUCUUGUCAUCUGCCCACUGAAUUUCAACAAAUACUCCGCCGUGAGCAAGCAGGUCCGAGAAGUCCUUGCCGAUUAUGACCCAAACUUUCUACCAAUGAGCCUGGACGAGGCUUACCUGGACAUCACGGCUCACCUGGCGGAGCGGCAAGCCUGGCCCGAAAGCCGCCGCACCUUCGCCGCUCACGAGGGAUUGUGCCAGGGGAGGGACUGCAACAGGUGCAGGGUGGCUCAGACCAGCUCAGCGGUGCACAACGCCCAUGACAAAAACUCAUUGAGGGUGCUCGGAAACGGUGGCACGGCGGAAAGCACGUGUGACCCAAAUGUAUCACCAGCUGGAGGCUUUACAACCGAUAAACAAACAGAUGAAGCAAACGAUGGUGCAUCCUUCCAGAGUUACUCACCAGAACUGUUCGAUAGCACCCCGCCGCAGAUCGGUGGAAGUGAAAAUGCCGCGUCGGGGUUUGGCGCCAGCGCGAGCCGUAACGGAGCGCCUGAGCGCUCGUCGACGGCAGUGGUGUUUGGGCUGAGUGUCGAGGAGGCCGUCGAGGAAAUGCGAUUCCGCAUCGAGCAGAAAACGGGUCUCACCGCCAGCGCCGGCAUCGCCCCCAACAUGCUGCUGGCGAAGGUUGGCAGCGACAUGAAUAAACCCAACGGGCAGUACCGCUUGGAGCCCACGAGGGAUGCCAUCCGCAACUUUGUGGAUGAGCUGCCGAUACGCAAGGUGAGCGGCAUCGGGAAAGUGACGGAGAAGAUGCUGAAUGCGCUGGACGUGUUCACGUGCGCCCACCUGCACCGGCAGAGAGCUCUGGUGGCGCUGCUCUUCUCCGAGGGGUCUUGCCAGCACUUCCUGCGCAUCUCCAUGGGCUUGGGCUCCACUCACGUUGACAGGGACGGGGAACGAAAGAGCAUGAGCACAGAGAGGACAUUCAGUGAGAUCAACAAGCAAGAGGAGCUGUACAGCUUGUGCUGGGAGCUGUGUGGAGACCUGGCCAAUGACCUCAGCAAGGAGGGACUGACGGGGCGCACAGUGACUGUGAAGACAAAGAGCGUGAGUUUUAAGGUGAAGACCAGAGCGAUGUCGCUGCCCGGGCCCGUGGCCUCAAGGGAAGAGAUUUACGCGGCCGCUAAGGAGCUACUCAAGACAGAAAUGGACAACAUCUCUCCCCAGCCACUCCGACUGCGGCUCAUGGGGGUGAGGCUGUCCGGGUUCGUCGACCGGACGGAGCAGAAGCAGAAGCAGCGAUCGAUCAGCACGUUCGUACAGAGCACUCGCAGCAGCAGCAGCAGCAGCAGCAGGGAGGUCGCCUCGCCGCACAUCGACGUCUUGCCGCAUGGCUCGACAUUCGGCGAGCCCUCGACUCAUCCACUUAGUGAACAAAGUGCACUGGGUUCUGCUACUGGGGCUGCUCUGCCCGGCCACGAGGAGAAGAGCGGACGCCCAGAAGUUCGCAUCAAGUCCUUCUUCCAGCGGGUUCAGGCUGAGCGACAGAGCCAGCUCGCCAGGCAGCCAUCACCCAUCGCACCUGGCCCCACAUUGGAGCCCGCUGGGCGGUGUGCCAGGGCCACCCGACAGCCCUCGCCCGUCUCGACAGCGGACCGCGGCGUCGAUGGCCGCGGCGGUGAUGGCCGCCCGACCCGGCGCGACAAGGGCGCCGUCCCGGUGUACACGUGCCCGGUGUGCGACACGCGCCAGGACAGCAGAAGCCUGUCCGAGUUCAACGCGCACAUCGACGAGUGCCUCGGUAAAACCGAAAACUCGGGUGUUGCUCUCGUGGGCGGUUCCAGCGGCGGCGCGGAGUGGGGACACGGGCUUGGAGGGAAGGAUCGCCCGACUCGAAAUGUGUCGCCGGCCCAAGAUGAUGGCGGCGAGCUGCGGCAGAGAGCGUGCGCAGCCGCCUCCGGUGCCGAGCAGAACUUGCACAGAGGUGUAGAGCGACGUGCAAAACAAACGACGUGCAAAAUAAAUCGACCUCCGUGCCAUUCGGAAGAAAGCGGGCAGACGUGUGCCGCUAGAGAUGCUGUCGACCCCAAGGGAUCUGAGAGCAAGCGAAUCCAAUCGCGGGAUUUCAACAAUGCCACCGUCCAGCUGGCAGACGCUCUCGGAGAAUGCGCGGUUCCCCGCCAUCGGCAGGGUGGAGGUGGACCGCUGGCGGAGCGCGCCGGAGACCGUGAAGCAGCCGGCGCUCCAAGCGGGACGAUGAGAGCGCCUGCCACGGCCGGCGCUCUCACCUGCCCAAUCUGUCUCCGCCCCCAAGGUUCGUCCGACCUCGUGGCUUUCAACAGCCACGUGGACGUCUGCCUCAACAGGAGAGUCAUCGAGGAGCUCAUGGGCCACGGGCGAGGUGUGUCGCGUGCCUCUGGGUCAGCAGAGGCAGGGAAGCAGCCUAGCAUUUCCAACGGAGGGCUGAAAAGGUCGCACGUCGGCUCCAAGAAGUCUUCAGCGAAACGGGCGAAGCACUCUCCAUCAAAACCUGGCAUCGAGCGGUUUUUUCAAACGAGCUGAAAGAAAGGCUGUCGGGCGGAAGGAGUUCUCAAGUUGAUCUUGCUUUUAUCAUUACGGCGGUGGCACUGAUGAUUAUAAUGAUAAAAGGGAAAUUGUCAGCUGUGACAACAGCGUCCAUGAGGAUAUAAGCACUUUUUCACCAACAUCCUAACGUGUACUCGCUCUUUUAAAUUGCCGAUUAUGUUAUUCAACACCAAUGCACACUUUACGUUCUCCUAAAAUGAUUUAAUUUACUUUAAGUGAUGACGUUUGCAGUGUUUCGGUAGUAGAUUUUGACGGUAAUAUUUUAAGUUAUUGCUUUCAGGAUUGGUUCCUAUGGUCGUGCGUCGAUGACCCUGGCUGUCUAUAAAUGAAUCAUCUUGGCCGACGUUCUCACAUUGUGCGUGUUUUAUUUUAACCAGAUUCGUGUUAUCGGUCCUCUCACAACGUGUUGGACCUGCAAUAUGUUUAUCCUCGGCGGUAUAAUUACGCACUGCACAGUAUUUAAAAAAUAUAUGAUGUUACGUUGAUAAAUUAAACACAUUUAUGGUUACAAUGAAAUGAUUUUAUGCGCAUCGGUGACAAAUUUGACAUCUUUAUGAAAGUUAUUUAUUGUUGAUGCAAUAAAGACAAUUAUACAUUU